UGAGGCAUAAAAGCCGGAUAUGACUUAGAUGUCAAGUGUAUUUUUGUCUGAAUUGUUUUAUCUUUUACUGCAUUAUUUUAGAUUGAAAUUAACGAAAAUCUGCCAAAAAAAUUCCAUCCGAAUUGACAGCAUCGAGAUUAUUUUGUUGUGUUUUUUGAAUUGUUGUUUAAAAAAAGACCAAAGCUAAACGCACAGUAAAUUCUACACGCAAUAUGAGUACGUGGGAGAAUAAUGAGGAAAUCAAAAUAUUCCGAGAAUAUCUUCAAAUACCAAGUGUUCAUCCUGAUAUUGACUAUGAACCAUGUGUGGCCUUUUUGAAAAAACAAGCCCAAAACCUUGGAUUGCCUUUGAAAGUCUAUACACCAGGUGGCGAAAAGAAACCAAUUGUUGUUAUAACAUGGAUUGGUUCAAAUCCUGAAUUGCCAUCAAUAGUAUUAAAUUCACACAUGGAUGUUGUGCCAGUUUUUCCAAACGAAUGGAAACAUCCACCAUUUGGAGCAGAGAUGGAUUCCGAAGGUCGUAUUUUUGCACGUGGUUCACAAGACAUGAAAUGUGUUGGAAUGCAACAUUUAGCUGCUAUUCGAGCCCUAAGAAAAGCUGGCAUUCAAUUGAAACGAACUAUUCAUGUUACAUUUGUGCCAGAUGAAGAACUUGGUGGAAAACCUGGAAUGGCUAUGUUUGUUCACACUGAUGACUUCAAGAAACUUAAUGUUGGAUUUUCGUUAGAUGAAGGCAUUGCUAGUGCUACAGAUGUUUAUCCAGUUUAUUAUGCAGAACGCUUCAUAAUUCAAAUACAUUUCAAAAUAUCCGGAACAACUGGACAUGGUUCAUUACUCCAUGAAAAUACUGCUGGUGUGAAAUUAAAUCACCUUUUGAGAAAAAUGAUGGAAUUUAGACAGGAAGAAGAAAAUAAAUUGAAAAACAAUAAGAACUUUACAAUUGGUGAUGUAACAACAAUCAAUCUAACUCAAAUCCAUGGAGGUGUACAAAGUAAUGUUGUUCCACCAAUGAUUGAAGCUGUUUUUGAUAUUCGUGUUGCUGUUACGGUUGACCCUGAUGCAUUAAUUCAAAAGAUAGAGAAAUUCUGUGAAGAAUCUGGUGGAGGUAUAGAGAUUGAAUUUGAGCAGAAAGAACCCAAGGUAGAACCCACAAAAAUAGAUGCUUCAAAUAUCUAUUGGACUGCAUUGAAGCAAGCUUUUGAUGAUGCUGGCAUUAAGACAAGUACUCAAGUCUUUCCAGGAGCUACUGAUAGCCGUUACGUAAGAUUGGUUGGUAUUCCUGCUAUUGGUUUCUCACCGAUGAAUAAUACACCGGUUCUUCUACACGAUAACGAUGAAUAUCUGAAAGCUGAUACAUAUCUUGAAGGCAUUGAGAUUUAUAAGAAGAUCUUAAAGGCAUUGGCGAAUGUAUGAAACACGCACAACCAAUAAAGUGACCUUAAAACAACACUAUGCUUCGCCUAUGAAAUAAAGUACCUUAAAAUUA